UUACCUGUUUUCACCACUCAUGAAGUGGACAGGCCAAAAUCUCAGCAAGUUCGAACCUCUAGUACAAUAAGGCGAACCUCUUCUUUGGAUACGAUAACAGGACCUUAUCUCACAGGACAGUGGCCACGGGAUCCUCAUGUUCAUUACCCUUCAUGCAUGAAAGAUAAAGCUACUCAGACACCUAGCUGUUGGGCAGAAGAGGGAGCAGAAAAAAGGUCACAUCAGCGUUCUGCAUCAUGGGGGAGUGCUGAUCAACUAAAAGAGAUUGCCAAACUGAGGCAGCAACUACAACGUAGUAAACAGAGUAGUCGGCACAGUAAGGAGAAAGAUCGUCAGUCACCUCUUCAUGGCAACCAUAUAACAAUCAAUCACACUCAGGCUGCUGGAUCAAGAUCAGUCCCUAUGCCGCUGUCAAAUAUAGCAGUGCCAAAAUCUUCCGUUUCACGUGUGCCCUGCAAUGUAGAAGGGAUAAGUCCUGAAUUAGAAAAGGUAUUCAUUAAAGAAAAUAAUGGGAAGGAGGAAGUGUCCAAGCCCUUGGAGAUCCCGGACGGUCGAAGAGCCCCACUCCCUGCUCACUACCGGAGCAGCAGCACUCGCAGCAUCGACACUCAGACCCCUUCUGUGCAGGAGCGCAGCAGUAGCUGUAGCAGCCAUUCACCCUGUGUCUCCCCCUUUUGUCCCCCCGAGUCCCAGGAUGGGAGCCCUUGCUCAACAGAAGAUUUACUCUAUGAUCGUGAUAAAGACAGUGGGAGUAGCUCACCGUUACCCAAGUACGCUUCAUCUCCCAAACCAAACAACAGCUACAUGUUCAAACGGGAGCCCCCAGAGGGAUGUGAGCGAGUGAAGGUCUUUGAGGAACUGGCGUCUCGUCAGCCUAUCUCAGCCCCUCUCUUUUCAUGUCCUGACAAAAACAAGGUUAAUUUCAUCCCCACCGGAUCAGCUUUCUGUCCUGUAAAACUUCUAGGCCCUCUCUUACCUGCCUCCGACCUGAUGCUCAAGAACUCUCCUAAUUCAGGCCAGAGCUCAGCCCUGGCCACUCUGACCGUCGAGCAGCUCUCCUCCCGGGUUUCCUUUACGUCUCUUUCCGACGACACCAGCUCGGUGGGCACCAUGGAGGCCUCCGUCCAACAGCCAUCCCAGCAGCAGCAGCUCCUGCAGGACCUGCAGGGCGAGGAGCACAUCUCUGCUCAGAACUAUGUGAUCAUCUAAAACCGAGGGGGAGCUGGCCUCUACCCUACCUUCACGGAUUAGGAACUAGACCUCAGACAGCUUAUCUGCAUGGAGUGACAAACUUUCAGAACACCACCACCACCAACAGAAUACUUAUCAGCAUCAGAAAGUAUCUCUUAACACUGAUCUUGGCAGGGACGGAACUCCUAUUCAGCAGUUUUUGUGGAAAGCAGGACUGCUUGCAAAAUGUGUGUGUCAUUCAGCGUUUUAAGUGGAGACUAUGCAUUUCAUAGUAUGUUUGACAGAUUAGUACUGUGUCCUGUGUUUUGUUCCAAAUUCUUCAGUAUAAAUAAGCUCUAUAUCAAAAAGUUGCCUGUCUAAAUAGAAAAUGUCUUGCUGUGUUUUGUCCUAUGGAAAAUACUGUACUUCAGGAUUAUGUUUACAAUUGAUCCAGGUGUUCGUUUCUAACUUCUAUAAUACAUACAAUGCAAAAAAAUAAAUAAGUAAAUGGCCACAACAGUUGCACAGUGCCCACCCUAUGGCCUAGCUUCAGGUACUUCAGUUGAAGUCUAAACUCAGGUAACUUGGAAUGUAUAUCAUAUUGGGAUAUUAAAUAUUUCACAGCUAAAAAGCUAAAGAGGGAACAUCACUCUUUUGCCUUUCCUUAUUUUAUGCAUUUCCCUUUCCUCAUUACAUUCCACAUUCUUCGAAUAAGAAGUGCAUUCAACCCUAGGAGAACAAUAAUCCUGGACAUGGGUGAACAUGAGGAGAACCAGCAAAUCUGUGGUGUCUGACAUCACUUUUGUCGUGCGGUUACAAGUAAAACACAACUGUUGAAUUCACUGUUUCAACAUGUGUACAUGUGGCUUUUUUUUUUUUUUUUUAAACAAAUUCAGGUGUUGCUCAGUUCCUGACUGUUACAAUGUUGCAAAUGAAGUGUCUCUGGUACCAGGCUGUACAUAAACAUUCCAAUUGUGUGUGUUGGAAUUUAACAAGAAAGUCUAGGUUUAAUUGCAAAAAAAAGUGAACUCUCACAAGGGAUGGGUGAGAUUUUUUUGUUUAUAUUGGCCAGCAAAGUCACAAAGUGCUGUUUUAGCUAAAGGCAUUAUUAAUGUUCAGUUUCUCUCUCGGAAGUUCUUUAACUUGAGGGUUUACAAAUGUCACACUUUUCGGUUCUUGGUUUCCUCCAGCAGUUGAGGUGCAUGAGUUGCAUUCAUGUGGAGAGAGAAUGUGUGGGUCUCAGAAGCAGUGCAGCACAGAAAGCUGGUUGUUUGGUGACUUAGAAAAGCAGUAGUUUGCAGCUGUCUCUUCAAGCCUCUCCUCACAGUAUCAUGGAUGGUUCUGUUAGUAUUUCAGAUGUGCAAAGUAAAGCAAAAACCCAAGUAAAUCGCCUUGCACUUGCAGACUCGACCUGAAUUCUCAACGAAGUUGUGUGAUGAGAGCCCUAGAUAAUCCCAGUUGGUCAGUGGAAGAGCCCAACUCUCAGACUUUGUUUCCUGCAGCACAAAGAGAGUCUCCAAAAGCAAAGGGAAGUUUUUGUAUUUUUAUUCCAUUGCUUUUAGUUCAGUAAAGCAUAGAGUUGUUUCAUCUGUACCUACAGUAUAUGGCACUGUUUUCUUAAGAAUUAGGGGAAUAAGGUGCUUACAGUCACAGGAACGUUUCAGUUCCCUUCAGUCAUUCCUUGGGGUUUCUUUGUUUUAUUUUCUGAGGAGGUUGAAGAAGGAAGAGGUGAUAGAGAAGAAAGCAACACCAUUGAUUUUUUUUUUUAAGAAAUUAUAUAUAUAUAUAUGUAUAUGUAUAUGUUUGCGUGUGUAUGUAUUCUGUGUAUUAUUUUGUCAUGAUCCCAAUUAUCUUCUUUCCACCAAAGUUUGCAGUAAUAUUCUCUCCUGAAGGUGCAUUCUGGCUCCUUUAAAAUUAGUCAGUGUUAUAUUGUAGGAGACUGUCAUGGAAAAGGACUCAGUUUACUUUUGCCAUUUUCACAGGGGAACCUUUUAAAACAAUCUCUUCAGCAGCAGACACCUUUAACCCUAAUAAUCUCAGGCCUUGAUGAAAAUACUAUAUUUUGUAGAUUAUGGUUAAAGGGAGAAAAUUAUUAGUUCUGUAAGAUAAAUAUGAGCUCCAUUAACUUCUGAUAUCUGGUUUAGCAUUACAUAAUGUGUUGAUCUUAAGCUCUGCUUUUGUCCAAAUAUGAUGCAAUAGUGUAUCAGUAUCAAUUUCUGAAAGAUGGACUGAAUGGUUUUUUGGUGAUGAAAUCUGAUGUACGAUAUUUAUAGUGACAUGUGCUUUUUAUUUUCUCAUGAGAAACUAAAUAUUAAUUGUGUUGUACAUUUGUUCUUAGCAUAUAUUAAAGUUUUGAACCAAAUGUGCUAAAGCGUAUGCUUUGCCACGUAAACUUCCCAGAAGUUGUUGAGCUCAAAUGUAUCCUACAUCCAGCUGUAGAAAUUUGUCAGAAAUUGUUUAAAUUUUGUAUAUAGUUGUACUGUUUAAUUCUAGCCACUGCGCUGAACAGUAUUGGAGUUACCAUACAAUAUGGCUUUACACAAGGAAAUGUGUGGCUUUUGUUUUGUAUUUUUUCGGUAUAGAAGUUCCUGUGUCUUAUUUAAAUAAAGUUAUUAGUAAAACUGGAA